AGUAGGUAGGUAAUAUAGAAAUUAGAAUAGGGAAAAAUUCCGAUGGCUGAUAGAAAGGAAAAUUCGAGUAGAAAUAAUAAAAAUCAAAGUAGGAAUCAUAAUUUCCGCAAACGGCCACCACAGAAACCCGAAAUAGGGGAAAACGUUCUAUUCAUAAGUACAAAAACGAAUAUAAAAGCCCAGUUAGAGCGUUGCAAGAAGUUGAUAAACAACAACGAGAGUGAGAUUAUAAUCUACUGCCUAGGAGCUGCUAUUCAGAGAGGCAUAUUAUUGGCUCUUCAGUUGUGUGAACAUCAUGUCGCAUACAAGAUCUAUACUAAUACUUUAUCUACUGAACUAAUAGAUGACUUAGAACCGGCGGUGGAUGACGCAGACUAUGAUAUUCAAAAACGUUUUAAUUCUGCAUUACGCAUAAGAAUCUUCCGCAGCGAUCCCCUUGAGACGCCCGAAAAGAAAGCUAACUGAAUAUGUUCUUUACUAUAGACGAAUUGG